AUGCCGGAUCCCAAAGUCACAAAGGCCUUUGAAGACGGCAGAGUGCCCAAGGGCAUCACAGCCGAUUAUCUCAACCAGUCAAGAGAUGCAUCGGCUAUAGCGGGUAUUGUAUUUGUUACGGCUCUGACCAGUAUUAUUGUUCUGGGUCGGCUUGCUUCGCGAGCGUUUUUGAUGCGCCGCUUCGGCUUCGACGAUGGCUUGACGUUGAUAUCAUGGAUGUGCUUCGUGGCAUUUGUCGGCCUGUGCAUUGAACUCAUCGAGCUGGGUUCUGGAAGACACUUCGCCUAUAUUGAAUACGUCCUCGAUAUGCCGACGGUCGAAUACACCGAAGUCCUCGAUUUCGUAGCUCACAUUAUAUACACCACCGCGCUAUUACUCUGUCGAAUGUCCGGUCUUGCGUUUUACCAUCGCCUAUGCGCCGUCCAUGACCGUCUCCGAUUAGCCAUCUCGGUUGUCUUUGGCAUUCUAAUAGCUGGGUAUAUUCCUCAGCUGUUGCUUAUUGUGUUUCAUUGCACGCCUGUUACUGGACUAUGGCCGUAUGAGUGGCAGCGUGGAUUUGAGGAUUAUACGUGUUUGCAGUGGGGGUUAGUAUACAGCGUCAACUCAUCAGUGUCGCUUAUAUGCGACUUUUUGUUGUUCGGUAUCCCGAUUGUGAUGCUUCGGGUGUUGGAGAUGCCGAGAAAGAGAAAGAUACAGCUGGGGUGCAUUUUACUACCUGGUAUCUCUGUCAUUGCCAUCUCAAUUGCACGCCUGGUGCUGGUCAUUGAAGGACAAUGGAAUACGGACAUGUCAUGGGCCUACAAUCCCAUGUUGGUUAUUGAAGUCAGCGAAAUCGGCGCCACGCUCAUUGCCCUUUCAGUACCAGGAUUUAAGCCCUUGUUCGACAAGGUUGUCUUACAGCGAGACAUCACCCAGGGAGAAAGCAAUGUUAAAUCGAAAUACGAAAAACAGCAGAGUUCCAAGGGAGGCACAGCGCUGCGAUCACUCAAUUUUCGUCCCGAACACGAUGCUCUUACGAGCCGCGACACUUCAGCUGCGAGAACCAACGCGCAUCGAACGAGCAAUGCGACAGCAGAUAACAGGAGUGAGAAUAGCGCCGAUGGCAUUUUGGUACAAGUGGACUUCAGAAUAAAGGAGGAUAUACAAGAUGCGAAUAGUACAAGUGAUACGGAAAGAGUAUGGAAAUGA